AUGGAGGAUAAGGCCGCUCCCGAAGCACGCCUUGCGACGAUGAGAAGGAUGGCACUGAUUUAUUCUCGACAAGCUAAGCUGAAUGAGUCCUUGGAACUGUAUCAGAAGACGAUGGACGAAUGUAAAGCCAAUCUGGGAGACGACCAUUGGCUCAUGGAGAGGGUACUCGACAAAAUGAGCGACUUGCACUUGCAGAGUAAUCGUCACCCAGACUCCGCUCGAGAGUAUCAGAAAACCCUUGACUUGCUACAGCGACGUCUCAACAAGGACAACCUGAAGUCGUUGUCAAUUCUGUGCAAAUUUGCCGACGUGCAUCUAGAACAGCACCGGUACCAGGAAGCACUCAACCUCUACAUGGCCGACCUUCGAAGCUAUUGA